AUGUUCGACCCGUUCGGUGAUGGUGUAAUGCCAAACCCCGGCCCACCAUUGUUUCAAGUACCCCCCCCCACUUUCAACCGAGCAACAACUGGUCGCGUGGGGCGCGAACGCUUCAACGUAAGCAAUCAUCAUGCUCAUGCGCAAUCCUUGGAUGGGAAUCCUGCGAUUACCGGUCAAGUUGUCGAUAAUGUACCAUCGUCGGAGGGUAUCGUGCAGGAGGACAUCCCAGACGGUCCUCCGGGGAGCAUACUAGAAGCCAAGCAAUUGCACGAAGUGUUUGAUCCACUUAAACGCAUCUACGUGAUCAAGCCGGCGCCUCCAGAGACUGUAUCCGACGUGCGACGUGUGGAUACGAAAUAUGGGGUGUAUGCAUUCACAGUGAUCCGCCGGUUUGAACCUAUCAAUGGCAACGUGAAGUCAUACAAUGUCACAGUAUCACUCGAGAUUCAUAGCGAGCAGCUUAUUCAAGUUGCGAAAGAAGUCAUGGAGCAAAUUCAGGGCAUCUCAUGGAAUGCCAAGCCACUUCGUAUGAAUCCGGAAACAUUUUUAGCAUGGCUCCCCGAGCUCCAAACCUGUCAAGCCAAGUUGAUUACUGCGGCUGAUGCCGCCCCGGACGAUGACUCCAUCCAUCUCAAAGUCGCGCAUCUCAGCCACCUAUUGACCUACCUCACUGAAACCUACGCGUCCACCCUUGAUACGCUGUCACACUGGCUUCGUCACGGCGAGAUCACGUUCGACCUUCUGUGGGCACUGUAUGUCCCUCGCAAGGCCAUUCUCUACACACUUUGCCCCGUCACGGGCGAGCCACGGGCUGUCCGCUUGCAGCACGCGGAGCUCUGUAAGAAGACUAUGAGAGGAGUGAACUCCGCACGCAAUCCCACAAGUCUGAGAGUUGGCAACAAUGAUGACGGUCAACAUGGCGAAUACCUAUGGCGGCUCAAGGUAGAAUAUGUAGAAGCAGAUGUCCCCGAGCCAGGUGGUCAGGCAGAUUCGGUGAACAAAUUCGGCUAUGCAGACCUCGGCACGAUGCUGGAAAUCCAAGGCUUUACGGGGGCGAGAAAGAUUUCGAGCCUGCAUGUCUACCCCAUUAAAUAUUAUGCCGGGCCUGGCGGUGUGGAGGGCUUGAAGGAGCGAUUGACCAAGCGCGGCAGAAGGUGGGCCGCGAUCGCUGGUGGAAUGCAUCACCUCGCGUACCGGGGCAUGGCAUGGCUCUUCGUCGGAACUUCCUACGGAAAGCUAAGUGUGAAAUCGCGAGUAAUGAUUGAUCGCAAGACGUUUGCAGAAAGUAUGCCAGGCUAUACGAAACUGCCGAAGGUCUUGAAGACAUUGUCUGGAAGUGACAUCGACAGAUAUGCCCUCAAUGCUGACCUUGCAGCUUCAGGCACUCAGCAGUGGACCACGGAAGUGAACGAUCUGUCAGAAGAGGAGCUGUUACUCACUACACCCAUCGUCUAUGGGUUCAGCUUGUCUGACAAAUCCUGGUUCGAAUUUGCGAUCGAUCAUGUUGAGACGUUUGAGUGGAAUGACGGGGUGUUCUCGCAGCUGGUCAUUCCGGACCAACACAAGACGAUUCUGCGUACACUCGUAGGAUCGUACAACGCGGGUGCGGCAUCUGGUUUUGACGACUUUGUGAAUGGGAAAGGUCUCGGGCUUGUAGUCAACCUGUUCGGCAGCCCCGGCAUAGGCAAGACCUUGACGGCAGAGGCGAUCACUGAAUACUUGCGAAAGCCGUUAUAUAUCGUAGGAGCUGGUGAACUCGGAACCGUACCGCAAGUGUUGGAAAGCAAAUUGUCAAACGUGCUCAAGUUGUCGGCUGCAUGGGAUGCGGUUGUCCUCAUCGAUGAGGCGGACGUCUUCCUAGAGCAACGUUCGUUGCAUAACCUCGAGAGAAAUGCAAUGGUUGCCGUCUUCCUAAGGCAGCUCGAAUAUUUCCGUGGAAUCCUCUUCUUGACUACGAACCGGGUUCGAGUGUUCGACGAGGCAUUCCAGUCCCGCAUUCACGUCUCGCUCAAAUAUACGGACCUCACUCCUGAUGCGCGCCGUCAGAUCUGGAAGGCAUUCAUGCGCAAGGUCAAUGUCGAUUUGGCGGAUGGAGGACUGAUCAGGGAGGAGCUGAGUGAUCUGGGUGAGAGGAAGGUCAAUGGACGGCAAAUCAAGAACGUUGUGAAGACCGCUGGGGCCUUGGCUGCGGGGCAGCAGGAGGUGUUGGGAUAUAGUCAUUUGACGCAGGUGUUGGAGCUGAUGGAACAGUUUGAAAUGAGUUGCUGCUUUCAGCGAAUGAUGUUUGGAUAG